CCGACAUUUUCCGAGAAAAUCACACCACUGAGAAAUAUAGAGAGCAAAAAUACAUUAAUAGAAAACUUUCAUUAGUAUUAUUAUUAUUAUUAUCUCCGCCGUCAUCGAUUACGCUUAUAAACCAAUUUCGUUCUUUUUUUAUUUUCUUCUUGUGUGCGCGGAGCUCUGUGUUUUGUGUAGCUUCUUCGGUCAACUAUUAGAAGAACGAGUUUGUGGUGAGGUAUUAAAAUGGGUUCGUCCUUGUCGAAUCUAAACGACGGGACGAAUGGUAUGUCAAUGGGAACAAGUCUGGGCGAUAUACCGGAAAGCUGCGUGGCCUGUGUGUUUAUGUAUUUGACCCCGCCGGAGAUUUGCAAUCUGGCAGGAUUGAAUCGUGCAUUCCGUGGUGCGGCUUCUUCCGAUUCCGUUUGGGAUAAGAAGCUCCCUGCGAAUUAUCAGGAUCUGCUUGAUUUGUUGCCCCCUGAGAGGUAUCAUACUCUCUCCAAGAAAGAUAUUUUCGCUGUCCUCUCUCGUCCCAUCCCUUUUGAUGAUGAUUCUAAGGAGCUGUGGAUUGAUAGAGUUACAGGACGGGUUUGUAUGGCAAUUUCAGCUAGAGGAAUGGCUAUAACUGGGAUUGAAGACCGGAGGUAUUGGAAUUGGAAUCCAACUGAAGAAUCUAGGUUCCAUGUUGUAGCCUACUUACAGCAGAUUUGGUGGUUUGAAGUUGAUGGAACAGUGAGAUUUCAUCUCCCACCUGGUAUCUACUCUCUAUCAUUCAGAAUCCAUCUAGGGAGAUUCACAAAAAGGCUAGGGAGACGUGUGUGCCACUUUGAACACACUCAUGGUUGGGACGUAAAGCCUGUGAGGUUUUCGCUUUCAACUUCUGAUGGUCAAAAUGCAUCAUGCGAAUAUUACUUGGACGAUGUAGAGAGAGACGAAGCACUCGGGCAACACAAGCGUGGUUGCUGGAUCGAGUAUAGGGUUGGAGAAUUCAUAGUGAACGGAUCAGAACCGUCAACCGAAAUCCAAUGGUCGAUGAAACAGAUAGACUGUACACACUCGAAAGGAGGGUUAUGUGUUGAUUCAGUCUUCAUAAACCCAAUUGGUGAUCUGAAGGAACACAGAAAGAAAGAUUUUGUGAUAUAGCUUUAAGAGAGAUGAUCACACACACCAAAAAAAAAAAAAGCUUUUGAUUCUGGCAAGGUAAAAUUCUUAUUAGUGGUUUUUUUUUUUCGGGUCAACAAAAUUCUUAUUAGUGGUUUAUGUUCCCAAAAUUAGGGUACAUCGAGUUUUUUGAUUGUCAUUUUAUUAUUGUGCAUUUCAUCGAUUUUUUUUUUUGUUUGUUUGUUUUGUAUUUACUUCAUACUCAUUUUGUUACACAUUUUAGGCGAGACGACUCUUUUUUUGUGUGUGUGUAUACCAUGUUUAUAGGUUGGAUGUUCGAGACUUGACUAUCUGUAUCCAACCAAGAUUAUCCAAAUUAUUGUCUCUGACUAAUUCUAUUUA